AUGGCUGAUCAAACUCCUAAAAUUAAUUUUAAGUCGCUAAAGUCGGAUGUCUCCUUGGAAGGAGUGGAUGUAGUUUUACCAAUUGAUUCUGUUCGUCAGGUUAACAGCAGGUUAGCAAAUACUCUUUAUGGUUACUUCCAGGGGGAUAGAAUCGCUUAUCCGGUUGUUGAAUAUUUUCUGAAAACAAAUUGGAAAAAACAUGGUUUUCAGAAAAUUGUGAUGAAUUCGAAUGGGUUUUUCUUCUUCAAGUUUGAAGAUAGUCAGGGUAUGAAUAAUGUUCUUGAAGGGGGUCCUUGGCUGAUUCGGAACAAACCUCUUUUUCUCAACACUUGGUCCCCUACAAACACUCUUAAAAAAGAAGAUAUUAAAAAGGUUGCGGUUUGGGUGAAAUUGCAUGAGGUUCCUCUAGUGGCGUAUACUGAUGAUGGGUUAAGUAUGUUGGCGUCUAAAAUUGGUUCUCCUUUGCGGUUGGAUUCGUAUACUAUUGAUAUGUGCAACGAGGCUUGGGGACGAAGUAGCUAUGCCAGGGCCCUCAUUGAUAUCUCUGCUGAACAUGAUUUUAAAGAGGUCCUAACCAUAGCUAUUCCUGAGUUGGAUGAGAACAAGUAUGUCAAUGAGACUAUUCGUGUGGAAUAUGAAUGGAAACCCCCGAGAUGUGCCCACUGUUGUGUAUUUGGGCAUGAUUCUGAGGAGUGUGCAAAAUGCAUUCGAUCGACAGUGAAACCUCCUACAAACAGUCUGAAAGUAGAUGAGGAUGGUUAUACGGUAGUCAAGACAAAGAAGAAUGUAAAGAAGAGCGGUUUUCAAGUUAACAAUCAAAAGCCCAAGUUUGAAUAUAGACCUGUGGAUAAAAAGAAAAAGGCAGAGUGGUGGGGCACAGGUGAAAAUUUACUAUUUUGGCAUGACAAUUGGUGUGGAUCGGGACCGCUUAAAGACUGGUACAAGGAACUUUUCAAAAUUGCUUCUAAUAUAGAUGCAAUGGUUAGCGACCACUUGAUUCUGGACGAAAAUUAUAAAUGGGUUUGGAGUUGGGAUAGGGAGCCGAUAAGGGGGAAUGAAGGGGAGCAACUAGGCUCUUUAAAAAAUAUUCUUGAAAGUUUUUCAAUGAAGGGUGGAGCAGAAUUUUGGGCUUGGAACAAUGAUAAGGAGAUGUUGACAGUGGCAAUUAUUAGAGCAAAAAGAUUGGAUGCACUCAUCCAACCAACAAUUCUUAUUAGCCAUUUUGGAAUAAUUGGCUUCCUCCUAAAAUAA